AUGGUGUCAGGUGCUGGUGCUGGUGGUAGUGGUGGUCCGACGAAGUUCCUAGAGAAAACAUACCAUCUGGUUGAUGAUCCAUCAACGGAUGAAAUAGUAGCCUGGAGUGAAAGUGAAAACAGUUUCAUCGUUAAGGAUGAAAGUAAAUUGGUCAGCAAUGUUCUUGAUAAGUAUUUCAAACACAGCAAUUUCUCAAGUUUCAUUCGUCAGCUCAAUACCUAUGGAUUUCGCAAAAUAAGUCAUGAUCAAUGGGAGUUUUAUAAUCCAUAUUUUCGAAAAGAUCAAUAUUAUCUUCUUCGUAAUAUUCGCCGCAGGCAAGCGGUUCACAGUCACUCUCGUGUAGAAGUAGAAAGAAUUGCAUUUGAAGAAGAAAUUGGGAAACUUGCUAAUGAAAAAGCCUCCAUUGAAUUAGAUAUUUCUAGCUUCAAUCAGUACAUGCCAGCUAAAAAGCUUCAUGUGGAAAAUCUGGUGCAUCGAUUGGAAGCAUCGGAGAAUAGACAUAACAAUCUGAAGAACUCGUUUGAAAUGGUUCUUCAAAAUCCUAAUUUGGUUGAAAAAAUGAAUGAGAAAGUUGAGUUCAUUUUUUCUUCCGGAUUUUCCAAUAAGAGGUCUUUUGCUGCUGAUGAUUUGGGAAAUCUAGUGGAUAGAUUUGUAGCAUCAGAGAAUAGCAACAAUGAAGUUACCGAAGCUGGAAAUAGUUUGGGUGAUAAUGAUAGCGACUUUCCAUUGAUGGAAGUUGAGAAUUAUUUUGCUGACAUUUAUACCAAUUUUGAAUUUUGGGAUUUUGAAGAUAUUUUGGGUGAGAAUAAUAGCAAUUUUUAAAUUUAGUAGAAUAGAGAAUGCUAUGGUGGGGGAACAUUUUCAAUAGGAAUUAGUGCAGUUACUAAUGACUAUUUGUGAAAAUAUGAUGUAAUAAAAGUUCAGUCUGUACAAAAAACUCAAAGGAUCAAUAAAAAUGGGU